AUGCGAGAAUCUGAUAAAGAUGAGACCGCAGAACAACUUAAUGAAAGAUACAGACGAGAAAGAGAGCCGUCAGCAUCUCUUUGGGCAGAUCGACGUCCCCUGACUCCUAUGCCGUUGGAGGACGAGAAAAUGCUCGUCUCCCGCGCAAUGGCGGGUCAAUGUCCCGGUCAAUCGAGGUUGCUUGCAUUGCCUCCUGAACUCCGUCUUAUGAUCUGGUUUCACAUUAUGAGUUGGCCCGGUGAGAUCGUUAUCUUCCGUUCUGCGGACUACCUAUAUGGUGAGUGGAGUGAAAAGGAGGACUUUGAAAGUACACCACCCAAUCGGUUUAUACCGUUACUAUCGACCUGUCGGCAGAUAUACUCCGAAGCAGUCGACAUGUUGUAUGAGAGAAAUACAUUCUACUUCAACCGUCGACCCGCGCUCAACCUCCUCCCCAGCGUGGUCGUCCCCGCAAGGUUAUCUUCAAUCAAAUCAGUGUCUCUCUUUAUCGUCGCCUGUCAGCAUGUCGACCCAGAGCACGGGGCCCUGUGUCGACAAGCCGGUCGCUGGAUCGAGGUUCUCAGCGUCCUACAGAAACUGACGGGACUCCGUCGCCUUCAUGUCUCGUUUUCGAGAGUAAUGUUGCCGAGACAUAUUGAGAUGGGCUCGCCGUACCUAGGCCCGUUUAUGGAACUCCGAGCACUGUCAGACUUUGUGGUUGAGAUCUAUGAUGAUCCUGAUCAUCCGGGACAGGAGUGGCACGAACGCUUUCCACCCGAUUUGCCGUUUCGGGUUGUGAUACGGGGACCUUCUAAAGGUGUAUGA